CUUUAAAAAAAAAAAAUCUCUGUCAAAUUGAUUCAUCUUGUCCAAUUUUUGCAGUUUUUAUUUCCACAAUGUCAGAAGAAAAGCUCACGUCCUCAUUCAAUCUCGUCCAGCAACUUCACUUUCUCUACAUAGGAAUAGUAAGAGCCAGAGGGUUGCCGGGAAACUGUGACCCUUUUGUUCAAGUGCAAGUUGGAAGCUACAGAGGAACAACAAAACACUUUGAGAAAAAAGCCAACCCCGAAUGGAAACAGGUCUUUGCAUUCUCGAAAGAAAGAAUUCAAGCAUGUUCUUUGGAAGUCUUUGUAAUGGACAAGGCAAGCGGUGGGAUCAUAGGAGUUGUUUGCUUUUAUGUUCCGGAUAUUCCUACCAGUCUUCGCCAGGAAGCUCCAUCCCCUCUUUGGUUCAAAUUGGCAGAUCAGAAUGGAAGAAAAGGGGAGAGAUCAUCAGGAGAGUUGAUGAUGGCUAUAUGGAUGGGGACUCAGGCCGACCAAGUUUUCCCCGAAGCUUGGCACGCAGAUGUUGCAAAUAUCAGAAGCCAAAGCAUCGGCGAUACUCGUUCCAAGGUGUACCUUUCCCCGAUACUUUGGUACCUUAGACUCAACAUAAUUCAGGCACAGGAUUUAGUUCUCAGAGAUAAGACCAGGAAACCGGAGGUUUUUGUGAAGGCAUUCCUUAGGAAUAAUACGGCUGUAAGAAGCAGUAUUUCACUGGAUAAGAGUAUCAACCCCACAUGGAACAAUGAGGAGAUUAUGUUUGUGGCGGCAGAACCAUUUGAUGAUUCAUUGAUUCUGAGCGUAGAAAAUAGAAUUGGAUACGAUAAGGAGGAGAGUUUGGGGAAAUGUGCGAUUCCUUUAUCCAAAGUGCAGAAAAGGGCUCUUCCCGUUGCUGCAUCUGCUGAAUGGUACAAUCUAGAGCGGGUUGUGAGGGAGGGUGAAGAUAAAACAGAGGAGAAAUUUACUAGUAGACUUCAGAUAAGGAUUUCAUUGGAAGGAGGGUACCAUGUUAUGGAUGAUUCCAUACAUUUCUCUAGUGAUUUCAGGCCAACAGAUAAGAUGUUAUGGAGACCCCCCAUUGGAGUCUUGGAAUUGGGUAUCUUGAAUGCUACAGGGUUGCUUCCAAUGAAGUGGAGAAACCAGAAAGGAACCACAGAUGCUUAUUGUGUAGCCAAAUAUGGACCAAAAUGGGUGAGGACGAGGACGAUUGUUGACAGUCUUGCUCCGUUAUGGCAUGAACAGUACGCUUGGGAGGUUUAUGAUCCAUAUACAGUCAUUAAAAUUGGGGUUUUCGAUAAUGGUCAUUUGGAAGGAGGAUGGGGAAGAGAUGGGAAGAUGGGGAAGGUUAGAAUUCGACUAACUACACUCCAGACUGAUAGAAUUUACACCCAUUCUUAUCCACUUAUAGUGUUGCAACCCAAUGGAGUGAAGAACUUGGGGGAACUUCGGCUGGCUCUAAGGUUCACUUGUUAUUCUUUCACGGGUUUGCUUUCCAGUUACUUGCAGCCUAAGCUUCCCAAAAUGCAUUAUUAUCAUCCCCUGACUUCGUGUCAAAUCCAUUACCUAACGAAGCAAGCGACCAAGAUUGUGUCUCAGCAGCUGUCCCAGGUGGAGCCGGCUUUGAGGAAGGAAGUGGUGGAGUGUAUGCUCGACGUAAAUUUCUUCGAUAAAUGUAGCCAGAGGACAUAUAAAGCUAAUGUUGACAGAAUCAAUGCUGCUCUCAGAGGAUUAGUUUUGGCUUGGAAAUGGUUUGAUGGCAUACAAACCUGGCAGAAUCCCAUAUUAACCAUUCUUGCUCAUUUGAUUUUCUUGUUUUUAGUUAACAAUCCGGAAUUGAUAUUGCCCACAAUUUUUUCCUACUCUGUUUUGGUGGGGCUAUGGAGUUUCCGGUAUCGACCUAGGCAUCCUCCUCACAUGGAUUUGAAGCUUUCGCUGGCUGAAAAGAUAGGCCGUGAAGCAUUGGAUGAAGAGUUCGACGAGUACCCAUCGUCCAGGCAAGGAGAUGUUCUCAGGGCAAAAUACGAUUGGCUGAGGAGCUUUGUAGCGGUGAAUACGUCUUACUUGGGAGAAAUAGCAAUACUGAUGGAGAGGCUUUCUUCUCCGCUCAACUGGAGGGAUCCCAGAGCAACUUCUCUGGUUAUUGUGUUUUGUCUCGCUGCCUGCAUCGUUACCUACUUCAUUCCUCUCAAGAUUUUGGUCGGUGCAUGGGGCCUUUUUGUGAUGAGGCAUCCCAAGUUGCGGGUUGGACCUCCACAGAUGCCACUUAACUUCCUCGCACGUCUACCGACUAGAGUAGACAGCAUGCUCUAAGAAUGAGGUGUUCAGCUUCUUCAUUUAGAUUUUUAUUUUUUAUUUUGCAAUGCUAUUUCAUUUGUGUUGUUCCAGCAAGAGUCAGAAUUCAAACAUCUAUUACCAUUGCUACACAAGCACAAACUCUGGCAGAGGCAGGUGUGAUCAUUCCUUGUCAUCCUUGAACUAUAAUGAGCAAGCCACCUUAACAUAAGUUCAAAUGAAACUCCUAAAAAUAA